UUGGCACCCCAAAAUGAUAGAUCGGUACGCUGAAUGAGUCGCCGGGUUCUUUGACACCCCAAGUGGCACACAGAUGUAACAGAAUAAGUGUGGGUGACAGCGGAGGUCACCCACGCUCGUCCCUCAGGGGCGGAUAAAGUAUGCAUUUCGCACCUCUUGCCACCCUCGAGGGUGGCGUACUAUAUACUACAAUACCUAUUUAUUUGAAUAAAUGUUGUUAUUUCUCGAAUACGGUAUCGUUUCCUGUGAAUUAAGCAUAAUGCCUACAUCGUAUCCAAUGGGGUGGCUUAUACCGCCAUUUUUCCUAGAAUGACCACGAGCGCGCUGGAGGGUGUAUGUAUGUACUGAAGAAUCAUCCAGAGAUUUUGAAGUAUUAUGCAUAUGUACAUACGUACAUACAUACAUACGUAGGAAGCAGUGACAUUAGCGCUUGAAAUGGACCGGGGAGUAAUUAAUUCGCGUUACAGAAUGAAAUAGAUGUGUUUCUCGGGUCUGGUUGGUGGAGCAAAACAAGAUGCAUAGGUCGAUUCAAAGGAUGAACGAGAGGUCAACGAUGGGUGAAAUUUUGAGAAGCUGGAUCCAAGCGAGGCUGGGAGCGAUGAUCGAUUUGACGCCGGAUAUGUUUGGGCAUUACACCAGAGACGGCACGCUGCUGGCGCAAAUGUUGCACAGCUACGACAUAAUAAAUCGCGAUCAAUUGGAAACGAUCGUGCAUACGCAGGAUCCGGCUCUGUGCAGAGUGAACCUGAAACACCUCAAGUUUUGGCUACGCUUCCUGGGCAUCGACUGCGACGACGAGAGCAUCGCGGAGAUUUCUUGCGGCAAGGGUGCCACCUCGUUGCGUCUCUUCUAUAAGCUCUAUCUGUGCCUCGAGGGAAAGGACAGGUUGCACUUUAUCACGCUGCAAAAGGAGAGAGAAAAAUUUGUGCCCACCUCGAAGAAAUUCGAGGUGACCACCGUGUCGGAGGACCCUUCUGCCUACGAGCCCCCGGAUCAUCCUUUCUGUUCGAAACUGGUGAAAGGCAAGACCGAGAUGGGACGCUUCAAGAUCCCUCUGCUGCUUCGAAAGCUACGUCGGAAACGAGAGAAGCUAGAGCAGCCUUGGAAGCCGUAUUCGAUCGUGCAGCCUGUCGAGUAUUGCUUUCCCAAGGUACUUUACUUACUCCUUUUCUUCUUUUCCGUUUACUUUCCUAUUUGCCAAAUAUCUGUUUGCUCGCAGACAGAAAAGUCAUUGGACGAAAGUAAGAUGGAAGAAAGCGAGGAAUUGGAUCGGUUCGCUCGCAUGCACCGAGUGCGGCCAAAGAGGUUCGAACAGUUCGAAGAGGAGGAACGAUACUUGGAGGAAGAGAAAGAGAGGUUCGAAAAGAUGUUGGAAGAAUUGACCGAGGAGCCGGAAGCGGCUAAGGCGUACGUGGAGCAGUUAAAGUGUCGGACGAAAUGCGCGGAGAUGACCGCUGCUCUCAAGUGCCAGAUGCAAAGGAGCUUGCUAUGCGAGCUUUGGGAACGGAUGGAAAAAAAGCAGGAUCGAUCGUUCGACGAGGCGAUCGCGAGACGAACAUCGGAUCAAUGCCGUUACGAGAAACAGAUGGUAAGCAAGUUGUGCGAGGUACGGGAUCAAAAGAACGCGAUGGCGGAGAAUCAAAGGAUCGUCGAGAACAUGACGUUGAAAGCGAACGAGCUCGAGCAUCGAGCGAGGCUGGAACUGGAGAAAGACUUGGCUUGCAGGAAACAAAAGGACGUGGAGACCGAGUGCGAGAGGAUGUGCGAGCUUCGUCGGAGGUUACUCGAGGAAAAGAUCGAAAAGAUACGGAAGAAACAUUUUAAGCUUUGUCGACUAGCUCUUCAAGAUUUGACCAGCGUCGCUUUGAACAUUGGCGAGUACCGACGAGUAAACGACGGGAACGUGCCCCUGUCGCUUCUCAGCGAAUGGAAGACCAUGUUUCUCAAGUGUCAACCGAUUUACGACGAGAAAUUCUCGAAGGAAAUGGACGAAGACGAAGAGUCGGAGCCGGAGCCGGAGCUAAUGGCUGACGAUAAGGGAUGGUGCGCGUUACUCGAGAGGUCGGAGGCGCAACGGCAGGUCCUUUUACAGGACUAUCUGGAUACGAACUCGCCGUGGAACGAGUUUACCCCGAUGCUCGGCGAGGACGAGCGCGAAACGUUCGAACUCGGUCGAGUGGUACUCGGUUACGUGGUGCAUCGGCUAUUGAAUGCCCUUUACCCUCGUCCGCCGAAUCGUGCGCAACUGUUACUCUCGAAAUUCAAAACCGCCGCGAUUUUGCUUGGCAUCGGCAACUCUCAGUUGCAUCGAUCGAUCGGUUUGUUGCUGGAGAAAAGCGGGAUACGCUUGGUGCGAAUGGAGGACGCGAUCAAUUACUGUUUGCAGAGGUACAAGGAGGAAAUGUCGAACGUAGAGUACGUCGACUCGACGGUGAUCGCCGCGACGAACGACGCGGUGAGGAAACUAAGGGGGAAGAAACGACCUCCGUGCCCUCCUCCGUCUAGCAAAAAUUCCUCCAUUUCAGAGGCAAAAGGUUCGCGAGUGACCGAAGAUAAGGAGACGAAAAGUACGACCAAGUCGAGCAAGACGGCGCGAACGCGAGGCCGAACGCGAACGGGAGCUCGAGGCCGAGACCGAGAUCGAGAGAACGAGAAAGAUUCGAAAAUGUUGGAGAAGGAAACGCAAACUCCGCGAAACAUACCGUUCGACGAUCUGGACCCAGUGCUGACCGAUGCCGCGUAUAUCGGUAAAUGGGUCUACGAGUUUCUCACGUUGGGGGAGCCGAUCGACGACGAACUCGCGACCAAGACUCUCGUCGAGUACCUGAAGAGCGUGACCGACGCGAAAGGCUGGGCUCUGAUCGAUUAUCCGAACACGUACGAGCAAAUGUGUCGACUGGAGACCGCUGUGACGGGUGUCGUUCCACCUCCCGAUCCAAAGGAGCUCGAUUUUCAGGACGUUACGAUCGAGGAUAUCGAGGGUAUCGAAACGCUGCCGCGGAGGAUAGUUUUCGAGGAUCAGGAAGAUCCGUUUGCGUUGAACAGACGAUCGAGACUGUUGCCCGAUCCGAUCGCGAACCGGGACACCAGCGCUACGAGAUCCACCUUCGUCACGUUGUUCGUUAGGAUAGCGCAGAAACCGAAGGGUUUUCAAGCGGAUCGUUCGUACGAGACGGUGGGAAAAGACGCGGCUUCGAUCGACAAGUUUUACGCUUCUUUAAAGAACGCGUACGCGCUCUAUUACUCGAGUUUGGACGCGAAUACGCUGAAGAGGUUAGCGAGAUUGGUGAUCGGUGAACCUCUGCAAAGAAGGCCGUCCGACGAGUUGUUCGGUGACGUCCUAAACGAAUUGGAUCCCGGCACAGGGCAGCAGGUGGUCGGUGGUUCGAGAGCGCCCGUGGUUCGACGCGUUUUACCCGACGGUGAGAACCUCGAGCCGGACAUCGACUACAUCGACGACGUCGAUCGGCUGUCGAUCGGAACGCGAGAUUCCGUUCGCGAUUACUUUCGUACGGACUGGCUGACGGCCGAGCCAGGACCGGCCAGACCCGGCGAGCCGAACUGGCAAUGGAUCGACUUUCCACUGCCCUCUGGUCUCCUCGAAAGUUUGGCCAACCUCUGGGAAUGCUUGGAGAACGCUUACGUCGAGAACGUCAGAGAGAUGCUCUACCUGAAAAGCGUUCACGUGUCCAGCGUCGUUCCGUACAGAGAUUUCGUGACCAGAAACAUGAAGGAUUUUAUAAGACGACCGGACAAUAAACAGGAUCUGCUAAACGAGUUUCAUAAAGCUUUCAACUCCAUUGAUCCCGACGCUCGUCACGACGUGGACGUGAAAUGCGAGUUGCAUCGACGCGUGGCCGAUUUUCAAGCGACGCUCUGGGAUAUUUGCGACAAGCGAAAAGUGGAAGCGGAAGGGGAACGAAGACGUCUGAUCGCGGACCACUGGACCGUCCUCGAAGCCUCGAUCCUCUACAACGUUUUCGUCGGUCUUGUUCAAGCUGAACUGGAUCGUUUCGUCGACACGAAACUCUCGAUAGAAGAUUACUACUUAGGGAUGCUGAAGAAACCGUUGCCAGUCUCUGUCGGUCAGAAGGUGAUUUUCAACAGAAUAGAAGUGGAAACGGGAGCGGAAGAACCGUUGCGGUUCGAGGAGCGACCUGCUCAAGAGUCUUCGGGAACGGAGGUGGAACAACGGACCACCGAUCGAAAGAAAGAACGAUCCGGAAGGAAGACAAAACUGGUGGACGUUGUUCCGCCGGCUGUCGAUCUGGCGGUACUUCGAAGGCAGAUCGACGACGCGUUGAUCGACAGAAACAAGCGAUUUCGAGGGGCAGAUGAUUGUUGCGCGUUUCAAGGAAUCAUGGAGAUCGUUCGUUACGCGAGAAACGUCGUCGACGCGUUGUCAUCGACGGCUAGCGAGCUAGUGAAAAAAGAACGUCUCGCGGCGUUGAGGCUCGACAAAGAUCUUCUUACCGAUUCCGGUGAUUCGAUAAUCGCGAGGACAGUUUCGAGGGGCGAGGAGCUCGCGCUGGAAUGGCGAUACGCGAUUUCCUACGAGAUUAACCGGGUUCGUUUGAAGCUCGACUCCAUAAUCGCCGUGGCUCGAAUGGAUUUCAUUUUCCUCCUGGAUUCGCUACAGCGGACCUUUCACGAAAUUUACGACGUUAUCGUGGACAGGUAUUGGCGAGAGACCAGGAGCGUAAACGAAAUGGGAAACGUAUUCUGUUUCGCGAUCGAGGAGGGUAGAAUAAUUGAGAACGAGUUACUGUUGGAGGACGACAAUUUCGUGGUUCGUUCGAACGUGUUCGUGACGGAGGUCGAUCUGGAGAAACGAAAAUCCGCGUUGAAGGAAACGUUAUCGAGUUCCCGGUUUCGCAUAGCCGAUCUAGCUCGAUUAAUGGAGAUCUUCAAACGAGUCGCGCCAUAUGGAACCAUUUCCGAACGCGCUUUCGUUUACAUCCUUCAAGAUCUGGCGAGUCACGGACGCGAGGAAGGUGAAUCGAUGCUACUACCUUGCCGGUGGUACCAGCUUCGAGCCAGCGAAGUUUGCAAGGUGGUCCGUUCCCUGUUCGGCACCGUCGAUCACAUAGACUGGCGAGAAUUCGUCGUUUACGCGAUGGACCUUCCCUGGCCGAGUCACCACGAUCUCUUAAUGGCUAGAGAACGUUUUCGAGCUCAGGAUCCCGAUUUAAGAGAAACGGUGACUCGCGCUCAGUUUUACCGAACGUCUUUGUGGUUCCUCGAUAGUUCGGUGGUCGACACCGAGAUUUACGAUCUUCUUCACGACGAUUUCCAUACGAUCGUCGAACAGCUCUACGAAGAAGAGCUCUAUCGUUCGAGUCUGGAGGACGGCGAUUCGGGGGUUUUCGGAAUAAAAAAGAGCUCGAUCGCAGAUUUGAAAUCGCGUCGCUCGAAUCCGGAAGAAACGCUCAGGCGGAUGCUAUCGAAAGAGUUGCUGUGUCGAAUGUACGCGGUCGAUCGACACACGAUCAAUUACACCGCGUUAUUGUUGGUCUUCUGCAAGCACGAGGAUCCAAAGGAAGGUUUCGGAAAAGCGCUCGCGUUAGCGCUCGGAAACAAAGUCUGCACCGACAUGGAAGAGGGCGAGAGAUACGUUCAAGAAGUUUACGAACGAAAGCGACUCGGUCUCUCUUGGCAUAGAAUCUCUCGCAGCGAGGCUCUUGAGGUGACCAGACAGAUCCUUGAACAGUUGUUGGAUCGAGCGACAGCGCUGGACUUUGAGGAGGAAGCGGAAGAGGUGGAGGAUGCAACUACGCUAUCCCGCGACUCGGUCGCCUCGAUCGCCUACACGGCCAACUUUGAGUUCGAGGACGAAGCUACGUGGUUCCCCGAUGAUGCGGUUUUCACUGAGAAACGUCUCUCCAAAGAAUUGAUCGUUUACUGGCUGUCUCUCGAUCUUUGCCUCACGGUACUAGCUGCGACGUUGCCCUGGCACGUAUUGCAACCAGAAAUUACUGGAAAUUGUAGCAACCUUCGGGAUCGUUUGUCAAUCGUGUUCAAGGAAAUGAGAGACGAAUAUCUGAACGAACAGAAGGACGUUGCGUUGGCGCAUCGAUUGUUGAAUCAUGAUUUUAUCCAGCGGCUGUUGAACAGUGUCAGCAACUUUACCAUCAAGAACAUAGGGGACAUUGUUCAAAAGAUUUUGCAGAGCCGGGAGCAAAAUAUUGGCUAGUACAGGAUGUACGAGUUUUAACAGAGUUUAUUGUUUCGAUACAUCACCAGUGUAACUUGUGAAAAAAUUCUAACGUUCUGGGUAAAUCGCGAAGAUGUCUUUUAUCGCAUACUUUUCGUUCGAUAUCGAACGAAACACGCUACGCGUUUUACUUUCUUUUCCAUGGAACGUUUACGACUGCUAUACGCCCCAUUUUGCUUCUUCGUUGCAUCAAGAAAAUAACUAAUCAAGAUAGAAUCGAUAGAAUCUACCCAAAGCAAACGUGUUUACGACGCGUCUCGAGAUUCGAAUUAAACUUAAAGGCUAUACCGAGGAACAGUCACAGUCACAGUCACAGAUCCAACUUUACUCCAGACUUCUCGCUCGCGCUUACGUUACAUUAAUGGCCUAAGAUAUUAUCGAUUAUUCGAUAUUCGUAGUAUAUGGUACAGAGUGUGUGUGUGUGUAUUCUUAGAGUAAACGAAAUUGCUGCGUUUGCGUGAUAGAUUUCGCCGCCUCGAUAGAUUUCUUUUUCUCUUCGCGUAUCGCUAUCGUCGCGAAUUCUUUUAUGGAGUGACGGUGCGUAGAAUUCUGAUCGGUAGGAACGCUUCUAUCUGUAUUUAUUCACAGCCCGUACUCUCUCACCCUUAACGAUUUAAGUAUCGAUUCCGAACGAUCGAAGGCGGUGCGGCGCGACGCGACCACGUCAUGAUAUGUUUGCGUGUCUCGACUCGAUCGAAGAUCUUUUCUUUUCGUUCGUUUGAUGCUUGGAAAUUAUUCUGGUGCGCUCGAGCUGGAAGAUGCAGUCUUGUAACUUUCAAAGCUGGAUAGAUCCCCUCGACGCUACGGACUAGCGAAACGUUAACAAGCGAGAGGGGGUCAGGCGUUGAACCGACUUGCGAGCUCGCGCGAAUACCUUUGGCCAGUUGUACAAACUGUGUGUGCACGUAUGUGUCACGUUUCAAGGAAAUGCGUAUAAAAUGCUAACAACAAGUGUUCUCGAAUACCCAGGCUUCCGACAUUAGUGUUCACGUUACACGCUUAAGUACCGUUUCCGUUGUACAUACAUAUGUAUAUACACGACCGUCUACAACAAUUGCGCAACCCUUCGCUACAGAAAUAAACCUUUUUACCGCACAAUUAACCAGA